UUAAUGACGUCAUGGAAUUGUGAAGACAAUUACCUUUUGCGAAUGACAUUUUGAGAUAAAAAAAAAAAAAAAUGUUCAACCGGUGUCGUAAUCUCUUAAAAACCGUGCAAGGAUGGAACAUCCUGCAAACAAAACGAGACAUCGCCACGACCAGUGCUGCGAGGAAAUACCACAGACCAAUAGAGUCAAACACUAUGCCGAGAUCAGGGGGGAUUUCAUCCAUGAUGAGAUUGCCUGUAAAGACCACAGCUGCCGGCCUGGACGCGUGUUUUGUUGGCGUCCCCAUGGAUUGUGGAGCUUCGUAUAAACCGGGAACACGACUGGGUCCUAGACACGUCAGGGUGGAGUCUGUACUCAUCAGACCGGUCAAUGCCGCCACGGGCGCAUCGCCAUUUGAAUCGUUGGUGGUCGCCGACGUGGGCGACGUGCCCACCAACAUGUUCAACAUCCACGAAGCCUGCAAGCAGAUCAGGCUACAUUUUGCCGACGUCCUCAAACAUGACUGCAAACCGAUUGCGAUUGGAGGAGAUCAUACAAUUACUUACCCUAUACUGCAAGCGAUUAAGGAAAAACACGGCCCUGUUGGUUUGAUUCACGUAGACGCCCACUCUGACACGAGCGACUCGACAAUGGGUGAGAAGGUAGAACAUGGAACCCAUUUGCGGCGAUCAGUGGAAGAUGGGUGCGUCGAUACUAACAGAGUUAUCCAGAUUGGAUUACGAGAGAGUUGGUACUCUCCGUUCGACUACAUGUGGCCAAGGAAACAGGUACGUGGGUUUGAAUGAGUUAAAUAUAGUUUCUGUUUUAAAACAUCAGUGUUUUAUAUAUAUUUAAUAAUGUGUUUCUUGUCGCCCCAUUGUUUGUAUUAGCUAUAACUUGUAGGGGCGGGACUUAGCCCUGUGGUAAAGUGUUGGCAUGAUCUGUGGUCGGUCUGGUAUCGAUCCCCGUCGGUAGGCCCAUUGGGCUAUU